UCUUUCAGGGUUCAGUGACCUUCGAGGAGGUGGUGGUGUGCUUCACUGAGGAGGAAUGGGCUUUGCUGGACCCAGCCCAAAGAGCCCUGCACAGGGAAGUCAUGGUGGAGAAUUAUGGGAUUGUGUCCUCUUUAGGCUCCAAUCCUUCUUCCGGAACUUAAUAAGUAUUCUCUUGCUUCAUCCAGCAGGCGAUGGGUGGAAGAGUGACACUGAGGAAGAUCUGUUUAUGGUGUCCUGGGGACGGGACAAAUCUGAAAAGACCAAAAAACAGAGAAGGAAAACCAAUCUAACUGGGAAGAAUGAGUCUUUCCCUUCUCAGCUUGGCAACUUCCAAGAAAUCCCGGUGGAAGCAAAAAUAGACAAAACUAAGAAAAGAUAUAAGUGUCCUCUGUGUGGGAAAAGCUUCAGUUUUAAGUCAAGGCUAAAUCUUCACUGGAGAAUCCACACUGGAGAGAAACCGUAUAAAUGUUUGGAGUGCGGAAAGUGCUUGUGUAGCAAUGCUAGCCUUCAGACUCAUCUGCGAAUGCACACAGGGGAGAAGCCCUUUGAAUGUUCAGAGUGCGGAAAGAGUUUCAGUCGGAGGCAUAAGCUUGUAAGCCAUCAGAGACUUCACACCGAGGAGAAACCGUAUAAAUGCACUGAGUGUGGAAAAGGCUUUUGUGAAAUCUCGAGCCUUAAGAGACAUCAAGGAAUCCACACAGGGGAGGACUACAAAUGCUUGGAGUGUGGGAAGAGUUUCAGUCAGAAGUCAGACCUUAGAAGGCAUCAAAGAAUGCACACGGGAGAAAAGCCCUAUAAGUGUCUGGAGUGUGGGAAAAGCUUCACUUGGAGCAAAACUCUGAUCUACCAUCAAAGAAUGCACACGGGUGAGGAUCCAUUCAAGUGCUUGGAGUGUGGAAAAAGCUGCAGUACAGGGUCUGACCUCAGUAGACAUCAAAGAAUGCAUACAGGGGAGAAACCGUUUAAAUGCCUGGUGUGCGGGAAGAACUUUACUCGGAACAUACAUCUCACUUCACAUCAAAGAAUGCAUACUGGGGAGGAACCAUAUAAAUGUGCGGAGUGUGGGAAGAGCCUGAGCACAAGCUCAGCCCUCACUAGGCAUCAGAGAAUCCACACAGGGGAGAAACCAUAUAAAUGUCCAGAGUGUGGAAAGAGUUUCACUUGGAGUACGUCCCUGACUUCCCAUCAACGAAUGCACACAGGGGAGAUUCCCAUGCCUAAGAAUUGUCACAACAUGGAAACAACUUCAGUGGAAGUUCAGAUCAUCAUAUAAGGGUUUCUACUCCAGCAAAAUCACAAAAAUAGAGUUUUUUCACCCAAU